CAACAUGCCAUGUAGCUGCAUGUUCAGACUACCUUCAAACUCAGGGUGCGGGCGCGUGUCAAAAGUAGGGCCGAUGUAACAGUUGACACUUGGAGCAGCGACCAGUUCCUUGUGACAGUUUGCGUACCGUAGGACCCUGGAGGCUUGUGAAUCAUCAGUUUACUUCAUGGAGCAGGAACGCUUCAAGAUCAUUGCUUGGUUGGUUUGAUUCCCACAUCGGUGUUGUCGCAACGAACUGGGACACCCGCGCUUGUUUCGGCCUUACUCACCAAAUCGCUUACCAUCGACACCUACCUACCUGGGUACAUUAUGCAACACGGAGUUUCAGAAUCAGGGCAAUUGCAUGGCGGUAAUGCUAUAGAGCUAUAGAGCACACUAUACCUUUUAUGACCGACCGAUCGUCCGUCUGCCGCGGUGCUCCACAUUUGACAUGAUAUAAAGUCAACAGUUACAAUAUCAACAUGAGUGGACCACAACAGCUCCAGUACCACUCUACUUCUUCUUUGGUUUACUUUUCAAUUCUUCUUCGGCAGGUCCGGCUUUCCUCUCACUUUUCAAACCUAUCCAGUAUAGAAGUCGUACCAAUAUAUUCUCCUUCGAUCGAUCCUCGUCAGUACCGACUUUAGCAACUAUGAAGCUUUCCAUCACUGCUGCUGCAGCCUUCGUUAUUCUGGGGCCCUCCGUCAUCGCAGCUCCCACCCCGCAAGGAGAUAUACCAGGUCGGGUGAUUGAGUUCUUGAAUCCACCUCAAGCAGAUCCCGCGCCCCCAACAGUGACAGUGACGCCUGUUAUCAAACGGGAUGACAAUUCAGAAAGCAUUCCAGGAAGAAAGAUCAAGCGACAAAAUAUUGGAGAGCGAAUCGGUGGUUUCUUGAACCCACCCCAGCCAGCUCCCGCGCCUCCACAAGGAGGAUCUGCUACUACUGUCAUAACGCUGCCCGCAUCAGCUGCAGCAACCAAUGCUGUCACUCAACGAAGUAACACCAAAGCGAAGCGUCAAGCAGAUACCCAAGGCCAAGUCAUUGAUCUCUUGAACCCCCCUCCGUCUGUUCCCGUUAUUACCGUUGUUCCCGCUCCUUCAAGUGGUGUUGGAACUAGCAGCAAAGGGAGGAGGCAAGUGGAAAUUCCGGGUCGACUCAUCGAUCUUAUCAAUCCUCCUCAGCAACAAGCACCUCCCGCUACUGUUCCCCCUCCCCCUCCCCCGGCAGGCGGCGCCCCUGGCGACGAGAAUCGCAAUGGGGCAGGUAGCAGUCCAGCUCAAGGAGGUGUUAAGCGUCAGGCGGGUACUGGGCAAAUCAUCAAAGACUUCUUGACUGUUCCUGGCCGAGAUGGUGCAAGGGAGAAGAGACAGACUGCUUUUGGGGAAGCCCUCGAUGAUUUCUUUGUCCCUUCUGGUGAUGGCUCAAAAGUGAAGAGACAGGCGGGCUCGGGACAAAUAAUCAAGGAUUUUCUCACCGUCCCCGAUAGGGAUGGUGCAUGA